GCGCUGGGCAUCGCCAGGGGAGGACUGUGCUGUGACCAUGUCUGAGCUGGAGAAGGCCAUGAUCGCCAUCAUUGAUGCUUUCCACCAGUACUCUGGGAAGGAAGGAGACAAGCAUAAGCUGAAGAAAUCGGAGCUGAAGGAGCUCAUUAACAAUGAAUUAACCCAUUUCCUUGGUGAGAUCAAAGACCAAGAGACUGUGGACAAAGUCAUGGAGGCACUGGACAGUGAUGGGGAUGCAGAGUGCGACUUCCAGGAGUUUGUGGCCUUCAUCGCCAUGGUUACCUCUGCUUGCCAUGAGUUCUUUGAGCAUGAGUGAGCUGGUGAGAAGCAGUUGAGAAGCUCCCACUCACUCUGGAGAGAUGCAGAGCAGCACCACUCCUCUUGGGAAAAGACUGGAUGCACUUGGGAGCUCCGUGAAGUUAAGCUUGUGCUACUUAAGCAGCUUAUUAAACUCUGCAGCUUUGUGAGCUGAAAUGCCCAUGCAUCUUGGGAAAGCCUCUUGGACAGUGCCCACCUGGGAUGCUGUGUGUAUGAAUGCCUCAUCGCAAGCUCACUCCCUGCUGCUGCAUGCAAGGGACAGGCAGGGGGCUGGAAGCAGGCGGCCGCUGCAACCCGAGGUUGCUGGCAAAGGGAGAAGGAAAAUUCAAGGGUUGAGGCAGGGAGUGAUGCAGAGAGGCUGGCUAGAGAAGCCUGGCUCUGAGCCCAUGGGGCUACACUGAAAGACUCCUGUGACCUCUGUGGGCUCUGACUGCCCUGUGCGUGCUACUAACCCUGGAGACUUAGCAGAGCCCAUGCAGUCCUUGCCUGCUCGAGACACUCCUGGCUUGAAAGGCAAAGUAUAACCAUGUAACAGCUCAGGCUUUUCUCCUGUCUAUGAAUCCUCCUGCUUGUAGCUGUCUGCAGAACUGGAAGUGAAAGCAUAGGAGGCUCCUGGGCUGGGCCUGAGGCAUGCAUUGGCAAGCUCUACAGGCUCAGCCAGAAGGAAGGGGAAAAUCCAUACGUGAUCAACUGCAGCCUUCAGAGCGUGUGGAAACAAUGAGAAUAAA